AGUGAGGACGCAUUGGCACAAGACGAGUACAGGCACACUGCACGGCAGCGUCUAAACAGCACCACAGAGGUGGACGUAAGGGCGGAAAGAGUACUUGAAACAAAGUUGGAAAAGUUCUGUGACAGUGCGCUUGUAACCUCCUAAUCACGGAAUCCUGAGGCAGCCACUGGGGAGAGCGCUCGCCCUUUCUUUCGGUGCACUGGAUUGAAGAAAAGCUGCCUAUUGUAAUGGUAAAAUGUACUCAGAGGAGGAGAAAGACUGAUAAUCAAUCAAAAACGAAGCCGUCCUCAUCAUACCCCCUUCUUGGUGAAUACGCUUUUGAAGACUUUUGCUACUUGGGAAGGGGUGGAUGAAGCGGUUGUGAGUUUGCAUUUUGUAAUUUUACUGUCGGCAACCUUAGUUUUUGAAUAUUGGCUGACAAGUUUAGAACUUUUCCUUACUUUUUCUAAGCAAAGCAUGUGUCUCCGGGGUACACUCACUUCCUUCUUGAUCUUUUUGGAGACUGGGUGCCAGGCUUUUAUGGCAAAGAAAGAAGUUUAAAAAAAAUCACAGCACCCCCGCUCACACCAGCUAGCCAUUCACGUUGCUUUUUCCGGGUUACUCUAGCAGCUUCUGCAGUAAGCAUUUUUUGCCAUGGUCUACCUAGUGGAGCUCUAUAGGGAGCGCCAGUCUAAAACGGACAUUGCCCUUUAAUUUGUGGCGAUCUGAACAGGCAAGCGGAGGGCAAGAAUGGAACGUCGCUUGGACACCCCGGCAAAACAAGUGUAUGUGGAAGUAUUUCUGCAGGGAGGCGCACCCUGGGGAUUCACAUUGAAAGGUGGGCUCGAACACGGUGCCCCGCUCGUUAUCUCCAAGGUUGAAGAAGGAGGCAAGGCAGCUCUGUUGAAAAACAGACUACAAGUAGGAGAUGAGGUGGUGAGCAUCAAUGAGGUGGAGUUGUGUGGUUCAAGACAGGAAGCCAUCUCCUUGGUGAAAGGGUCCUACAAAACCUUGAAGCUCAUUGUUCUCAGGUGUCCAGACAAAGGUGAUCCAGAAGCAUCCUUAACAUUUAAUACUACAUUCAGUGUUCCUGACACUGAAUACAGCCAGUCACCAUGGUCUGGAGGAGUAAAGCUGAGGCCCAAAAAAAGGCAAAGUGAACCAGGAUGUCGACCUCACUCCUGGCACUCAACCAAAUUAGGGGAAAAUCAGCAGGAUCCCAGCAUGAUGCAAAUAUCUCAGGGCACCAUCAGCACUCCUUGGCACCAAACGUACCACUCAAGUUCCUCAACCAGUGACCUCUCAGGGUAUGAUCAUGGAUUCCUGAGGAAGAGCCCAGACCAGUAUAGCUCUAGGGGAAGUAUGGAGAGCCUGGAUCAUGGUCACCUUGCCUACAGCUCGUGCCACCAGUUGUCCCCUGCCAAAUCAACUAACAGCAUUGACCAGUUCCCCCACCUUCACAGCAAGAGAGAUUCUGCCUACAGCUCUUUCUCCACAAGCUCUAGCAUUCCAGAUUACCCAUCGCAGUGUUUUAGUAAGGAACGCUCAUAUUCAAUGGACAGCAUGCAUUUGCAGAGAGGCUCAGAGAGCAUUAAACAAGCUGAUAUACGGUAUGUUCGGACAGUAUAUGAUCCUCAUCGUGGAAUAUCAGAAGAGCAAGAAGUUAGUUCUUCAGUGUUGCACCGUAAUAAAGAUGGGAAAAUCCAGACUGACACUAAAGGGGGACAUAAUUGCUCCAGCAACAGUCACAAUACUAACAGACAUAGUAUUGGCUCAGUGUGGGGAAACUCUGGUAGUAGUAAUCCUUCAGAAAGUGAUAAUACAGGACCACCAGCUCCACCCUUGCGCAGAGAUAGUUAUGCUGCUACCAAACACCAUGAAAGGCCAAGUUCCUGGUCAAGUUUGGAACAGGCCAGAUCUGCUCGGAUGCAACAGAAAGGCUCCUGGUCUCAAUCUGGAAGCUCAGGUAGUUCAGGAAAAUCGUCAUUUUCUGCAGAUACCCAGUUGCAUACAGUUGUGGAAAAAAGCCCAGAAAGCAGCCCUACGGUCAAACCAAAACAGACUUUUGCUCAGUCACCUGCACCUGGGAGGCCAAUGCUUCCCACUGGGGUAUAUCCUGUACCUCAACCUGAACCACACUAUGCACAGGUCCCCUCAAGCUGUCCCAGUUCUGUCACUGUACUUUAUCCAGCAUUAGCUAAGGAAAGUGGCUACAUUUCACAAAAAGCACAGGCUACUGCUAGUCCUGGGGUGACAUUAGAAAAAGAGAACUUACACCAAAGUAAUAGCACCACCAAUUUCUCCAUUACUCAUCAAGCAAGACAGUACACAGAAAACAAAUAUGAAAAUACAGAUUCUAAAAUGGGGCUUUAUCGGCCUCAUUUUGCAUCCAUGACUGAAAUCAACACUGACAGCCAUGCUCAGAAUGAAAUAGAUAGAGGUUCAUUUUUUGUUACACACCAGUCUGCCACAGGGAACUGUUCCCAUCAGUAUCCCAAUGCUGUUUCUUCAAAACCAGAUCAGAAAGAAAAGAAACAUAUCCGACAGGAAGAAAGUAAAUCAGAAAUAGAAAUGAUUAAAUUUAAAGAAGAGCAAGAUGAAAGCAAAGCAGAAAGGCCGUAUGUUAAGCCAGUAGCACAUCCCUGGGGGAAUUACUUGGAGAAAACUAUGUAUCCUAACGGGCAGUUCAAUGCAGAUAGAAAUCAAAGGUUUUAUGGAAGCUGCAGUGACAUAUUACUCUCGGAUAUGAAUGAUGAGUUUAAAAAUCAAGCUUUACACAGGCACUCAGGUGAGCCAUCUGGGUAUCAGCUGCACAUACCGUGUUCACCAAGGUAUAAUGAUUUCUCCCCUCAACCCCAGCCAUCUAAGAACUUAGACCAUUGUAGACCCCGAUAUAAUACCAGUAGUGUCCAGAACUGUCAGGCUCGAAAGAGUGAUGUAACCAAAUUGCGUUGCUCUGUGUUAGAGAAAGUUAAUCAGAUAGAACAGAGGGAGCAGGAAAAACAAAGGGCCCAAAGCACUAGCAGCAUUGGUUGCAAUAAUUUUGUUUAUGGGCGACUAAGUCAGGCAUCCAGUGGCAGGAGCUCAUACACAAGCAUUGAAGAUAUUCGAAGUCGUCUAAACUUUCCUGAUGGGCCAAGCAUGGGCAGACUGCACUCAAGUCAGACAAGCUCCCAAAACUGUAACAGGGACCUAAAGAGCUCAAGUGUAGGAGACGAAUUAAAACAAGAACAGGAAAAUGAGUUUAUAAGCCACAGGCGAAGAAAGAGUGAGCAUGGAGCCUUGAAUGAUGCACCAGGUAAACCGGUUCACUUACAGAGGAGCAAGAGCACCUUUCAGCUGAGCACAGAGGAGGAAAUGAAGGAAAACAAAUGGAAGAGUGAGUUUCAGGAUAUUUCAAGUGGUUUUGUUGACAACACGUUUAAUAGGGCCUAUAGGAACAGUAUUAAAGAUGCACAAAGUAAAGUUCUUAGGGCCACGUCUUUUAAGCGAAAAGACCUUGAAAUAAGCCCACCAAAUCUCAACAAACCAAAGUUAUCUCAAGAGAAGCCAUCCUUGGGUAAUUCCGCUUGGAGUGCUGCUCGAAUUAAUAAUGGGUCACGUCAUGCCCCUAAAGAAAGGCAGACAGUUGCUCCUGAAGAAGUUAGCUCCAUUCUGUCACCUCAGCCUCUCAAUAAUCUACCUGCACCUUAUUCUGUUUCCCGAAUUGGUGGUAGAAAACGCCUUACUGCUGAACAGAAAAAGCGCUCCUACUCUGAGCCUGAGAAAAUGAAUGAAGUGGGUGUGUGUGACAGUGAGCCUUUGCCUGUCUCCAUGCAAAAGAAGACUCAACACUUCCUCCAUCCAGAGACCAGUGUUGCAGACCGGAGAAGAAUGUUUGAAAAUGAGGGAAGAUCUCAUACUACUUCUCUGAACACCACUACCAAUCUUUCACGCCCUGAGCUGAAGCAGCUGCAACAGAAUGCCAUAGCUGAUUAUAUUGAACGGAAAACAGGGCGACGGCCUUCCAGGGAUCAUUCUCUGAACUCUUUUGUAGGAAUAAAUUGUUCAGAGUCCCAAAGUUUAUCUUCUGCUUCUAGUCUGAACUCACUACAGGAUCAGACACUAUAUAAAUACAAGCAAACGAACAGGAACUCACAGUCCACAAAAGGAUCCUCCACUCUCCCUCCUGGACUUCAAGUUUGCUUUGAUUUGGAAGAGAAACAAUCAAGACUAUUGUCCAGUAAUUACUCUCUCUCAGCUUGGCCUACCAGUGAACUACAUCAAAGAUGCCACAGCUCAGAAAUGGAACUGAAUCAAGUGUUCACUGUUCAGCAAGCACAAGCGAAGGCCAGUAGUCAUCUGCACCACAGAAAAGAACAGUCAGCUUCAGGAAAGUCAGCCUCCGCUGAAGACCUAUUAGAGCAUUCAGAAAACCGUCCCAUUGCUGUCCAUGUUCGGUCAAGAUCAUCACCUUCAGCACAUAAGGAUUUUGCAGUAGCAGUGAGUAAGUUGUUUGACGACUCAGCUAAGAAUCUUGAUUCUUCUGCUGAUACCCAGAGCAGAUACCUGGAAAAUGAAGACAAGUGCAGUAAUACACCAAAAACAUCGACACUUUUCUGUCAAGCAGGGAGCACUAAAAUGCAGCGUAAUUCACAGUCUCCAAGCAAUACAUUGACAUGCAAAGAAGAAUUUUCCCUCGGAUCCAAUAAUAUUUCAAGUAUGAAGCCUGAUACUGUCACCUUAGAACAUAAUGCUAAAUCAGAUCUGGCAGAAUGUGGAAUGUCAGAUGGAAGUUCCAAUUCCAGCCUUUUAUCAAGUCACAAUCAAAUCCUCUGUAAUAAACCCUCUAAAAUGCAGCUUUCUGCCCCUUUACCUUCAAAUAUAAUUGAGAGAUAUGAUGGUAACUGUCAAGACAACGAUGUAAGCACUUUUCAAGUCAACCUGACACCAGAAGACAACUUAAAUAAAAAUAAACUUCCCAAGAGACCCCCACUUCCCAAAUUUAAAUGGAUCAAUUCAUCUCAGGAUGAUCUCCUCUCUGUACAAAGCAGUCCUCUUCAAAAUACACACCAAGCAACAGAAAUCUACAGUUCAUCCUCUGAGACAGAGACAGAAACAAGCAGCCCCACAUCCCCUCGAUCAAACACACUCUGCUCUUUGAGAAUUUCAGAGUCACAGCUACAGUUUGUUUCUUCCCCCUCCUCUGUUCAGGAUGAUGAUGAUGUAUUUAUUCCUGACACCUCAGCGCAGUCAAACCCUGUGUUGGAUCUUCCCAGUGAAAUUUACUCUGCAGUCCCUUUGCACAAUAACGGUUUGAAAGAACCAUCCACACCUACUGUACAUAAGCAAACAGACAGAGCUUUCUACUCCUCCCCUCAGGAAAACCAAAGUCAGAGAGUUUUUGUGGAUGACAAGAAGAAGGAAGAACUGAGGACAUCACCUGCAGACAUUGACAGACCAUUUCAAAGCAAAUAUGUAGAUUUAGUGCUUGAAUUCUCGGUUGUGAAUGAUGCAGACCCCACCGAUAUCGCAUCCUCCUGCAUGGAAGGCCAUCAGUCACUCCUGAACAAUGGCAAGCAGAAUAUAACUGAGUCUUUAACAAGAGAUAACAGGCCUUUAAUUAAAUGUGACGACUCUCUAAAGAGUGUGCAGCCUAAGAGUCCGCCGUCACUAAGAAAGGAGAAGUCAGCAGAAGAUAUCAGGUCUGAAGAACUUGCCAAGGAGAUUAUUACUAAAGACAAGUCUCUUGCACACAUCCUUGAUCCAGACGCUACCCUGAAAACAACAAUGGAUCUUAUGGAGGGAAUUUUUCCCAAAGACAGUGAAGCGCUCAGACAAAGCCAACUCUGGAGGAAUCGAAAAAAGAGACUAAUAUUCCAAACUUCGCAAGAAGAUAAGAAGAUGGAUAGAGAUAAUUCAGCAUGUCCUUCCAGUGACCCCCUCAGUCCUAAAGUGAAGAUACUACAUGAAAGGCAGGACUUGCAGGCCAUGAUUGAGGUGAAGAAGGAUGAGGAAGUCAUUUCCUUGGCAAUGAAUGAGAAAAAGAUGGAACUAGUCAACAGAAUUUCCAGCAAGUUGGAGGUUCUAAGAAGUGCAAGAAAGAGCCUUUCUUCUGACAUUUUACAAAACAUGUCACUGGGUGAAGAGAUGGAAACCCUUAUUAAAAAUCUUUGUAAGCCCAAUGAAUUUGACAAGUACAAGAUGUUCAUUGGUGAUCUAGAAAAAAUUGUAAAUUUGCUUCUGUCACUGUCUGGGCGCCUGGCUCGAGUGGAAAAUGUAUUGAACAAACUGGACAAAAAUGCGAGUGCUGAGGAAUGGAAUUCCCUAAAUCAGAAGCGAAAAAUGCUUUGUGGACAACAUGAAGAUGCACGUGAGCUGAAAGAAAAUUUGGACCGCCGUGAACAGGUUGUGUUGGAUAUUUUGGGCAACUAUCUGACCUCAGACCAGCUGCAGGAAUAUCAACACUUUGUGAAAAUGAAGUCAGCCCUCAUCAUAGAGCAAAGAGAGCUUGAUGAAAAGAUCAAGCUGGGAGAGGAUCAGCUAAAGCAUCUCUUGGACAGUUUGCCACCUAAUUUUAUUACAAUUACAGAUAUGUCCACUUCUUCUAGCAGCACCCACAAGGAUAGCACAUCCACUGCCAUUCCUACUGUAAGGGCAUGGAGACCUUCACCUUUACCACCCCCACUGACCACAUCAUUGUAAAGCAAGUUAAAUUCUAUUGUACUUGAUAUUUUACAUCAUUUUUGGUGAUGCAUCUUACUUUAAUAUGGAAGAGUUAGUAUCAAGAUUACAUAUAUGAAAAAUGUAUUUUGUUUUUAUAUUCUUAGCAGUAACAUCCAUUAGAUAUACUGAGCAAAGAAACCUUUAAAUCAAAAGACUGGUGCUAUGCUGACAUAAAUCUACAUUCAACUUGCCUUCAUCCACUGCUUGCUAGUUUCUUUUGUU